AUGAGCCUUUCAAACGCACUUCUCGCCAGCCUUGCCGGUACCCGGAAUGCCAGGAAGCGGUACUCAGCCCGUGGGUUCUACCUUGUGAUAUUGACUGUCCUUGCAGUGACCCUCGGAAGCCUUCUGGUUUCCCGCGGUAAAAGCGCCCAAGGUGGCCUGUUCAUGCCAGAGGCAGUCAGGAAGACUCGAAGGUCGUUGGAGCCGGGCACAGCGAGCUGGGCGAUACAAGAUAAUGGAAAAGAGUGCCGGCUGGUUCACCGAGCGAAACACCAAUGCGCCUUCGUUCGUGAUAACUGUGAGGAUGAGAAUAUUGGCCUCAUCCCUUACCUGGAGUUUUACUACUGCGGGCUUAGUAGUGCGAAGCCGGUCGGUUUCUUCUUGCUCGCAGUAUGGCUUGCGAUGCUGUUCAGCACGGUUGGAAUCGCCGCCAGCGACUUCUUGUGUGUCAAUCUGAGCACUAUCGCCAAUAUUCUUGGAAUGAGCGAGAGCUUGACGGGCGUGACUUUUCUUGCCUUUGGAAAUGGGAGUCCAGAUGUGUUCUCUACAUUUGCAGCUAUGAGCUCUAAUAGUGGCAGCCUGGCUAUCGGAGAACUCAUUGGUGCUGCUGGAUUUAUCACUGCCGUGGUUGCCGGCUCUAUGGCGCUUACUCGGCCCUUCAGAGUUGCCCGGCGAAGCUUUGUCCGUGAUAUUCUAUUUUUUGCGAUAGCCGCUGGUUUUACCAUGGGAUUCGUCGCUGAUGGCAAGCUUCAUGCCUGGGAAUGCGCGUCGAUGAUCGGAUUUUAUAUAUUCUAUGUUAUCAUUGUCGUGACCUGGCAUUGGUACAUGGGCCGGCAGAGACAGAGACUAGAGCGUGAUAUUGCAGCCCGAGCCCAUUUCCAUAUACCCCAGAACCAGGAGCUGGAGAUAAACGAGGUGCCAGAGAACGAUGACCCAAUUGCCGGUGGCGAGAAUCGUCCUCUCCUAGGUGCUACCAAUGACGACUUUGGAUCGCUGGAACGGGCAGAUAUCCCGACGUUGAGAAUCGAAGAUGAAGGGGAAGAAGAGGAGCGCGAUAGACAGCAACUGGCAGAACUGCAUGACAACAUGCGAGUCAAUCGACCACAGGCAAACCAAAGGAUGCUUUCUAGUGGUGGUAUUCGACCCAGUUUAGUUGGUGCUCUCGAGUUCAGAUCAGUCCUCUCCUCUCUAGAGAAAUCGCGCAGCCUCCAGUCCGGAAGAAUCCACUUGCGAAGCUACUCUGAUGACCCCUUUUCUCCUGCUAACCCAACAGCAGCUCGUCCAAGAGCUUCAACAACUCAGCGUCCUGAAUUCUAUUCUUAUCAUGAUAACGACAGGUUUGGACAACAUGGACUGUCCACCUCCGCCCAACCACGGAUACUCUCUCAUAGUCUGGAUAAUCCUCCGGGAGCUCACCUUGAGCAUCAAGCAAACCUACUUUGCGCAUCUCCUACUUCAUCUGGCUAUCCUUCUCGAUCUCAAAGUCCCGCCCCGUCCAUUGAUCGAUCCAGAUCCCCAAGCCGACUAGCUCCCCCACGGACUGUAUUCCAGCAACCAAGUUACGCAUCCGGAGGUCCUACACCGUCUAUUCAGUCCUCAAUUUCCCCCCAAACCACACCUCCAGCUCAUGGAAGAAGUUCUACUCCAACCAGCCCUGGGUCGUCAAUUACGCCAUUCCCCCCGUACACUGAUGAAACUGGCUACACCCCCCAUGGGCCCUCAAGCCUUCGAUUUCAAAGAUCGGCCCAAUCUCUAGGCUCACAAUAUAUCCGUGCACAGUCUGUAGGAACAGACAUUGAGGUAUCUGGUCCAAGAUGGUGGCCACACUCAUUCCCCAUUCCAAGAGUCAUUAUAUCGGCUCUGUUCCCAACUCUCUACAACUGGGGAGAAAAAUCUUUAUGGGACAAAUUUCUAGGUAUCGCAGCAGCACCUAGCGUUUUCGUUCUCACCGUGACUCUACCUGUUGUGGAAACAGACAGCUCCGAACCUGAGGCUAUUUCUAUCCCUGAUCAAGGAGCAGCAGUCAUUGUUGAACACCAAGUACCAAGUAUCACUGUUCCCAGUUAUCGUGACGAUGAGACAGCUGAAGCCAACCCGCAAGAGCUUACUCGACCCUCUCUCAAUCGCCUUCGACAAGAUUCUGAGCUACCAGUCCACCCACCAUGCGAAGUCCUUGGCAAAGAGGAGUCUCCCGUCAAGCAAUGGAACAGAUGGCUUUUGCUACUUCAACUAUACACCGCGCCAUUGUUUAUCACGAUAACUUUGUGGAACAGUCUUCGUCCAGAGCAUGACCCUCACACACUGAUUUUGCCGGUCCUCCUAUCCCUACUCCUGUCUUCAGGCUUCGCUAUAAUACUUUUCCUCGCCUCUAAAGGCUCACGCAACCAGCUGCCCAAGCCACUUCGGCCAUUCGUCGCCUUCCUUGGGUUCACUGUCGCCAUAGCAUGGGUUUCAACCCUAGCCACCGAAGUAGUUGCCCUUCUUAAACUCUUCGGUGUCGUUCUAAACAUCAGUGACUCUCUACUCGGCCUUACAAUAUUCGCAGUUGGUAACUCACUCGGCGAUCUCGUUGCCGACGUCACUAUCGCGCGUCUAGGAUAUCCAGUGAUGGCACUAAGCGCCUGUUUUGGCGGCCCAAUGCUGAAUAUCCUAAUUGGCAUUGGCGUCGGAGGUUUAUAUAUGACUUUGCAACCGAUUCAAAACAUGCAGUCGGCUAGCAUUACCCCUGCAGUGUCGGCCACACUUCAGCCGUACCCGAUUGAAGUGUCUAAAACUCUUAUUAUCAGCGCUGCAACAUUAAUGCUAACCUUGCUUGGACUACUUAUCGUUGUGCCAUUGAACAAGUGGCGCAUGGACAGGAAUGUGGGCUUUGGACUUGUUUCUCUAUGGAUUAUAAGUACCGUCAUUAACGUUGUUCUUGAACUGGUGUCUGUAUGA